AUGAGCGAGCGGCGCGGGACGCAGUGGAACGGGAGGGGGCGUGCCGAGCAGCCCAGAGUGUGCCGGGAGCGCGGGGGAGGGGAGGCGCCGGGCACGUCAAUGUCACGGCUUAAUAUUUAUCCCUAUAUCAUUGUGUUGCGCCGCUACCCUCCCCGCCUCCUGAGGCCCGGACGUGCAGGGAGACGGGGUCCAGGGGUGCCGGAGGGCGUUCAGGGGUCGCGCACAAGCUGGAGCGGAAGGACUGUGGGUCCAUCCGUGUGGGGCCGCAGAAUGUGGGUAGCAGAGGUGGCUGCCCCAUUCCCCCUCCGGCUAAAGGCCCGGUCCAGUCUGCAGCCGGACGCCCCCGGAGCCCUCUGCACAACAAAGCGCCAGAGUAGGGGCCGCCGCGGCCUCGGCAGGACUUUCACCACGACGGCCGCAUGUCCGGAAUUCCCGGGGCACCUCGGAAUUACCUGCCUCGCAACCGCUGGCCCGCUCGCCUUUUGCCAGGAAUUAAACAAACGGCGCGACCCCCACGAUGAGCGGGUGGAGCGGACCGCGGCGAGAGCAGAGCUUCUGGCACUCACUACAUUCAGAACUUUCCUUAAAAGCCGAGGAAAGAGCCCCCAGGGACUGCCCAGGGGUCUGAGCCAGCCCCGGGCUCCGCAGCGAAGGAAGCGUCGGGGACGUCCCACCCCCGCAGGGAACUGCGCCUGCUGCCCCCGCCGGGCCCCGCACUGCCCUGGCUCUCCCCCCACUCGCCCCCCAGACGGUCGGCUUCGGCGGAGAGAAACGGGAGCAGCAAUGCCUUUUCCCCCCCUCUCCUCCACUUUUUUUUGUUGUUGUUGUUGCUUUCCCACGCUGGCUGAAUGUGACUUGACCCCAUUUCAAAAAAAGUUUGACAUAGUGCUUCAACAUUUCCGCAUUCCUCCGCGACUACAAAGGCUGCAGCCGCCUCCUUCUGCUUUCUGUCUCUGCUCUCUGUCUUCACACUCAAUGAAAUCCUUCAUGCGCCUCUCCCGAAGCCUGCCAAGCACCACAAGGGUCGCCACCAGCACAGCGACAAGAGGCCACACCGGGGACCGCGACUCCCGCGUGUGCGCACACGCAGAUGCGCCCAUAUGCACACGGACGGGCGCGCUGCGGGGACCAGGACUGCUCACUGCGGGGCGUGUGUUUAACUCCAAUAUUUUAAAUUAUAAAAGUAAACUUGGAAACUACAGCAAACGUGCGUCUUCGCGGGGCUCCAAGCCUGGGCACUGGCCGGCUGCGUGCAAUUUUCUGUGUAUAACACGCCCGCAGGAAGCCUGCGUUAACAUUUAUCUCGUGGAGGGGAAGGUGGAGCCCACACCCACACCUCAGCGAGCUGGAGAGGGCGUUUUCGAGGGGGAAAUGCAAGCACAUUCUCCAGCAUGGAGUCCCUAGAGGCAGUGCAUUUUAAACCCUAAAUGUGAAUUAUUAUGUGAGUGUCCGAGUAGAGUUCCAGUUCCGUUUGGAGAAACUGUAUGAGGAGUGUUCCGUGUGGGUGUGUGUGCGUACGGAUACGUGGAAGCAGGAUCUCGGUGUCGUGGGUGUCCCUAGGCUGGGAUCUCCCCCUCUCAUCAGAUAAGGAGAAUCCUCUAGCUCCCCAAAACUGGCCCCCAUAACCAAUCCCGUCUCAGUUCGUAAGGGGUUAACCAAAGCCGAUUCCAAGGAAACACAGGCCCCCCCACCCCCCGCCACCCUCCACUUACCCCACCCACAGUUCUGCCUCGGACCCCGGCCAAUCCCCCAGAUCUCCCCCGGGACCCCCCACCCCGCAGCCCACCCACCCGAGCGCACAGCUCCUCACCUGAGGGGCCCAGUCGCGUCGGGCCUCCCGAGGGGGCUGCGAGUGUCAGUCGGCUCUCCGCACGUGUCCGCGGCCUCGCGGAGCAGUCCACCCCUGGCUGGUUUCUGCUUCCACCUGCUGAUCUCACAGAGCACUGCAAGCUAUUUGGCAUAUGAAGGUCUUGACCUGAGAAAACCAUCUUGGAUAACUGCAGCAAGGAAAAGGAAAAAUGCAACACCUAGGAGAUUUCAGUAAACAGUAGAAUCAUGCCAACCUAAUCUGUGUUAAAAUGCUUGGAAUGUGGGAGCCGCUGAUGAUGCCUCUUGUCUGUGUGUCUGACUGAAUCCUUUCUUUUCUCAGAGCAGCAAAGCAAAGCCUGGGAACCAGGCCAAAUGCCUGCCACUUACCUUAAAUUGAUCAGCCACUUUGAGAUUAAAACCCCUGAAAGCUGCCACACCGUGAAAACAAGGCCUCCUUCACAUUAAAGGCAAAUUGCGACUUUG